AUGGCGGAUUUUAAAAACGCAACGACACUUUUAUUGGCCGCCUGUAAGCUAGGAGUAAUAGACCCGGACGCUUUCGAAGUGUUGCCAUUAUUAAAAAAGCUAGAUUUAUCAACAAAUUAUAUAGUCCAAAUAAUAGAUGGCACUUUCGAUUAUCUGACUGAAUUAGAAGAAUUAAAUCUAGCUGAUAAUUUCCUAGAGGAUUUGCCAGUUGAUUUAUUUCGAUUUAAUCAUAAAUUAAAAAGGCUUAAUUUAAAUAGUAAUCUAUUUUAUAACCUCGAAGUAGGAAUAUUCGAUAUGUUGGUGGAUUUGAAAUAUUUAGAUGUUUCAUCUAACGUUUUAGCGGGAAAAAAUUGGAAUCCUGACGUUUUUACGAAUAUUGUUGAGAUAUCAAGCUUACGUUUUUCAGCAAACGAUAUGUCGGAAUCUCCCAACAAUUUGUUAAGUUCAUUAAAAAAAUUAUCAAUUAUAGAACUAAAGAAUUGCCAUCUUAGUGAAUAUCCUACAUUUCUAAAGACAGCUGAUUUAAAGACAUUAAUAAUUUUAAAUUUAAAAAAGAAUCGAAUACAUAAAAUAGAUGAAGAUGCAUUUCAGAACUUUGAAAAAUUAUUUUUACUAAAUCUAUCCUUUAACCGUAUUGAGUACAUAGAUGAAAAUUCAUUUAAAACCUUGAAAGAAUUAAAAUUUCUUACUCUAAAGAAAAAUCGUUUAUUAACUAUUCCUACUGGCCUAUUUAGUUCUACAUACAAAUUGUCUUUACUAGAUUUGUCUCGUAAUAAGAUCACUGUGAUACAGGAUGAUUUAUUUAAGAGAACUGAUUUAAAUAAUUUGAAUUUAUCACACAAUAAACUGACUUAUCUGCAACGGAAUUUCUGCAAGCAACAGAAAAAUGCAAGAGCCGCUUUGAAAGUUUUCUACUUCAAUCACAAUCCGUGGCAAUGCGCUUGUUUAAGAGAUUUGUUAGGCGAAAUAAAAGGCUUAGGAAUUAAAUAUAAUACUAGUUAUUUCGACGGUGGUCAGCCUGUUUGUGUCACGACCAAGGAGUUUGUUUGUAAAAGACAAGAAAAUCUCAACAGCUUCUAUGUAGAUUUGUUUGACAGUACAAUACCAAAUAUAUUGUAA